UAAUUCUAGCCACGAUCUUCUCGUGGACCAAAAAGGCACAAUCUAUAUAAAUAUACAGUAUUUUAAAUUGCAUUACCAUUCUUAAAACCUUAGUUUCUUCAAACUUACUUCCGAAACUAAUCAUCUUUCAGAAUAUUUUGGAAAUGGCGGAUGAAUCUAGGGUACCUGUAGACGAUGACAAACGCAAGUGUGAAGAUUUUACAUCUUUAUAUUCAAUGGACGCACAGAGGCCGCUAACUGACGCAGGAGUUGAAGGAGCGUUCAAAAAAAUCAAACAAGAUGGCGCUAUCAAUCAAAUGUCGUCUGCUAACUCUAUAUCCCCCGGUCACAAUCCCGCCACGUGUCCCACCCCCGCGCGCAGACGACAUCGGACUACUUUUACCCAGGAACAGUUACAAGAGCUGGAAUCAGCGUUCGCAAAAAGUCAUUACCCAGAUAUCUAUUGUCGGGAAGAACUGGCUAGAGUUACUAAGCUAAAUGAGGCCCGAAUUCAGGUUUGGUUCCAAAACCGCAGAGCCAAAUAUAGGAAACAAGAAAAGCAGCUUGCGAAAUCUCUAUCACCGGUUAUCCCUACGUGUAACGGAAUGAUGCGCAAUAUCUACCCCUCCGCAACUAGGGGCUAUCCCUACCCAGCUCCUAACCCAGCCGUCAACAGUAUGACCAGUAUGGCAAGGUACCCUCAAAUGAACAGUUCAUACGCCCCAAUGACACAUGCACAGUUUUCCACGAUGGGCUCGAUGGGUCCCCCUACGGCAAACAUGGGUAUGGCGGGCAGACAUGCGCAGGGAAUACAACAACUUUCGAUGGCCACGUCAGACUACGGCCUGGAAAGCCAUGAAGAUGAUUGGUACAACAAGAGUUUAACAGCGUUACGGAUGAAUAACUCAGUCUCCCACCCAGGCCUCGCUAACACAGUGUCCCUGGGAUAUCAGACAUAGAAGUAGCGUUGCAAAAUACAUCAUAAACAACAUCAAUAUUUUAAGAUGGACACAUUAAUGAACAAAAGUUGCAAUAAACGGAGACAAUCAUUUGGAGUAUAUUUAAGAGAACACUGAAAUCAGGAUUGCUAAUGGCAUAUACCCAAAGAAACAACGAAGACACCAAAGGAAUAAUUCUAGAAAUACAACUACAAACAAUUCUCACUACUAAGGCAUCACUAAAGACUUUAUAUGACAUCAGAAUAGGAUACUCUAAAAGUAAAUCUCUAUGAAUGUGAGUUUACAAACAACCGUUGGAUUAUUUGCACUCUUUCCAAUAAUUUCAUUUCACAUCUUUAAAUCAAACGAAAGUCUAAUACUAGCCUCUAUCUCAGUAUACACUCCCCUCCAUGAGUUUGG